GUAAUUUCUGUCGAACUUUCCAAAUAUAAGUACCAGUACGUACUGUGGCAAAACAAUCGUCUCGAGUGCGACACAUUUGCUUAAAAUUGUUACAGCCGAAGCGAUCGAACGUUCACACGAACUGGUAUUGAAUAUUGUUUCUACAGAUGGUUGUGUGCCUUUGAUUUCGGUCGGGUUGUGUGUAAAAUUGAUCAAUGAUGCUGAUAAAAAUAUCGCAUCGAAGUUUGCAAAGUACGCAGCAGUUUGUGCAUACAAAAGUGUUUAUUGUCACAGUUUCCCUGUAACCGAUGCAAGGCGUGCACAUUUCGUAAAAUAUUUUGUCUUCCGAUGAUUUCAAUUGAACCCCGCGGAAGAGAAGCCCCGGAGAAAUGAAAGUAUUGAUCAUCUACUUGUUGCUAGUAGUUGUGCCGCAGGAAAUCUUCACAGACAAAAUCGAGUGCAAGAACGUAGCAUGCCCUAAGCCGGAACCAUGCCCUGCAGACAGCUAUUCGAAACCGAAAGUAAUCCAUUUGUACGGUAACAUUCCCCACCAUAUACGCAGCAAAACCAGCGAAAUUGUGCGCCGCGAACGUGCCAUAGCUUCCAAUGCACGGCAGCGUGAGACCAUCAAAAUUAUCCCCGGCGCUUACGAGCAUCACGGACACAAGCGCCGCAGUAUCAUCGACGAUGAAAUUCUAAUUCAACACUGCUGCCCCCACUACGAGUGUGUCUGCAAGCCGAACUACUGCGACCAGGAAUGUCUCCCCAACCUAAUACCUGCUAAUACGACCAUACCCACCGAUCCGAAUGACCUCCCGCAUGGAGUCCCUGGCAAUUGCUGCCUUCCGUGUAGAAAAACCUACUGUAUGCAUGAUACGUACCGAAAGCAUGGUGCGAAGUGGCGCAGCGACGAAUGUACGACCUGCGAGUGCCAUUACGGUGAAGUCAAGUGUCAGCAGUCGGUCUGCAAGAAUCCCGGCUGUCUCAACCAUAAGACAAUUCCAGGCGAGUGUUGCCCUGUUUGUGAUAACGACGCGACUAACUUUUGUCAAGAUAUUCAGCACUGCAAUAUCCAUUGUCAAUACGGGUACCGACGACAGGGGAAUUGUGAUCUAUGUGCGUGUGCCAGAGUAGUUCAAAACCAAACCAAACCAAGCAUCAUCGAAACUGAUUUUCCACAACCGAAAGUCAGCGUUACUGUUACAGAUGACGACAAUACUAAUGGUAGUGUUCACCGAGAUCCCCAUCAUCAUCAUAAGCAUAGUGAUAGCAGUAGUGAAUAUGGAACGGUUUUGACUUUUAUCCUGGUGUGUCUCUGUGUACUGGCGUCGAUCAUCUUGGCGCUAAUGGUCUGGCGUUGGUUCGCUCACAAAGACGACAAAUACAGAGCGGUACAAAAUGCGUGAGAACUGCUUAGUGUACCUACUCGAAACAAUAUAACCCUACAGAACUGCUUUAUAGAUUAUUCAAUCUAUACGAUUGGUAUCAUUUAGAAGGAGAAAACAAAAAUAUGUAAGACGGUAGUAUUAUUAUAUUACACGAUAUGGUUUUAUAAACUACUGAAAGACCACAACUAUUUGUUAAUAGUAUCCCCCUCGACAUUAUUUUAUAGCGUAUUUAGAGUCUGAAUAGCAUGCCCAGCCGAGGGGCGACAGCGGAGGGAUUUCACGCCAAUUAACCCAACCGUUGAGGGCACCCUCUCAGAUUAUAGUGUGACUUUGGCGACAUUCUGCAAUUUGAGCAUAUCAAUUGAGGACGUUAAAUUUAUUGCAGCAAAAACAAUCUGAUAGAUUUCAUAUUUUCAUAAAUUAUUAUUGAUGAAAAUUUAUUAGUCUUUUCAAAAGACGUAUCACUUAUCACUUUACCCAUAAAUUUAAAAGGGUGCUAACUCCACAGCCGAGUUUGGACGCGAAAUCCCCCAGCCGUCGUUUUCCAUCAGCGGUGAAGUCCUGCGUGGCUCUGCACAUACGUGGAAUAUCCAUACUAGAACAUCUAUUUGUAUGUGCAUCCACAAAUCGUCUGUCGAUAAGUUAAGAAUAUUGUGAUAAAUUGUAUAUAGAUGAUAUUUUUUUUGCAAAAUUACUUAGUUUUUAUACCCAAUCAAAGAAUAAAUUUAACCAAACUUGUUAAUACUACUGUUGUAAGAUAUUGUUUUUAGGAAAAAUAUAACAUGCAAGCAAAAUGUUUAUUUUGUUGAAUUUAGACUGUUGAAAUGGCAAAAAUGAAUUAUUUAUUUAUUACGAUUCAACAAGAACACACUGAUGAACAAAGCUGGAACAACCGGCAGAAGUGUCUUUGUUCAAGUUGUUUAAUAAACUACCGCCGAUAGCCGUAAACGAUAAGCUAAUCACUAUUUUUGCCGUUAUAAAAUCUAAGUAUUAUUUAUUUUGAUUUUUGUUAUGGUAUUUUUAUCGAGUAUUUUGAGCAAGACAUUGAUAAGAGAAGGGAUAGUGAGAUGAUUCGUAUUAGAAUAAAAUGCUUCCAUGAGGGCGGCUUAAGCCGCAAUCCAGUGAACAACAGCAGACGUAUUCGGUACCUAAACCUGCGCGUAUCCUAUUAAUUAACCUUUUAUAUGGAGUAACAAAAUUUUAACAGCUUACGCUUGCCGUUAGUCCCAAACUCGGGAUCACAGCUUUUGGAACGAAAACAACAAGAAAACAAUCCCAUAUAAUUAUAUUGUAUCUACUCUGUCGGUAUCUACCCUGAUCUUGAAUGUUCAUAUAAACAUCUAGAUGUCCUGUAUUUUUUUGAUUAUUUGUCUAUACUAAUGAUUACUAUCAUUAAAAAAAAUACCUCUUUAAUGCUUCCUCUAUAGUAUAACACAAAAAAAGACACAAUCGGUAUUUCCUAAAUCAAACAUUUCAGUGGAUGUUGAUAAGUAAAUGUUCGAAUAUCGCAUAAGUGAGGCGGAUAUUAUCGCCGAAGCCAUUCUGGAAGCUUUCUGUUGAACAAUAGGCGUCGCAUGAUGUUAUGUACGCAAUAAGAUAAAGAAAAAUAUACCACACUAAUAGUCGAGAUUUUUAGCUGCAAUGCAACAGUAUAAUGGACAGAUAGCAAACAAAUCAGCGCAACAUUAUCCAACACAUGGCAGCUUAUGUAUAAAACAAGAAGCAAAACUAAAGCAAAUAUCCUAACACAACCUACCACAGAAUCGUAUUUUCAAUUAUUCUGGUAAAGCAAUACUUCAGCAUUAUUUCCUAUAUUGUGUAUAAACAAACUCUUAUCACUUUUGCCUACUAACAGAGAAAAAAAGAAGAAAUCUAUGUUCACAAUGUAGAAACAUCGACAUCAGUGUGAGAUGUAAAUAAAUAGUAAAUUAUGGCAA